AUGGUUUCUAAAACACUGUCCGUCUUGCUACUCUUAGCGCUAACAUGUCAAGCUACUGCUCAGUGUGAUGUGGACCGCUUUGUGAGUUGCCAAAAUGUAUUCGCUCAAUCUUUGGGAAUUGAUGAUUCUUAUAAUUGGCUGGAUCCUGAAGGGCUUAGUCUUCAAGUAGAAAAUAUUUUUGCAAACGGUAGAUCAAAUCAUCAAUCUGAGAAAGGAAUUAUUGGAGUAUGCAAUUCUUAUGAUGAUUUCUUGAACUGCAUGAUGAAAAACGCCAUUUCAUCUGAAGAGUGCUUUGAUCCAUUAUUCUUGAUCAAUCAUGACAAUAAGCCUAAAGAAGCUUAUCGAUAUGCUUUCCUCAUGAAUAUGCUUCGAUUUCAAUGCGGAGCAGGUUUCUUCCCUGCUGUUGAUAACUGGACAUGUCUUCAGAAGAUCUAUAAGGGCAAAUCAGGAGCUUUAGAUUCGUGCACCACCAAGUUCUAUCAAAACAUUGCUUUUGAUUCCGAUAACGCUUGCCAAUAUGUACAAGAUGGAAUGGAGUGUUAUAAGAACGUAGUUUCAGGAUGUGGCUUAACUGCCAAAUAUUAUGCGUGUGAAUCUUUCAAAGAAUUUACUAAACCCAAAUAUAAUUAUUGUUCUGCUAUUUGCAGACUUCAAUAA